AUGGAAAAGUUGAGCAUUGAACAACGUGUUAAAGUUAUUGAAGCCUAUUACGAAAAUGGACGUUCAAACAAAAGUGCAUUUCGCGCUCUUCAUAAUUUUUUCGGCCCGCAUAAUCGACCAACCGACAGUGCUAUUGGGAAAAUAGUGAAGAAAUUCCAAGAAACCGGGUCUGUGGCAGAUGUUAAGAAGCCAGUACGUGCUCGUGCAGGACGCUCAUCCGAAAACAUUGCUGCCGUGAGGGAGAAUGUGGCCGAAAGCCCAAACACCUCUAUUCGACAUCGAGCACAGGAAUUGCACUUGUCCACGGCCACUUUGCAUCGGAUAUUGACGAAAGAUCUGUCGUUGCACGCGUACAAAAUUCAAUUAACGCAAGAACUUAAGCCGACGGACCAUUUAAAGCGCCGUACAUUUGCCGGUUGGAUACACGAACAAAGACAAGCGAAUAACGAAUUUUCUACCAAAAUCCUCUUCAGCGACGAAGCCCAUUUCCACCUCAAUGGCUACGUCAACAAGCAGAAUUGCAGAAUAUGGGCUGAUCUUGCGAUUUGA